ACAUUACCAGAAGGCCGUUGUGUUGUCUCUUUGAUUAGCCUGUAUUAACUGAUUCACGAGGGUUUAUAUAAGGAAUAAAGAGUAGAGUAGAGACACAGCCCAUGAAUAGGUUGCAUUACCGUGAAUUAAGGCGUGAUAUUUCCUGAUAGGGUCACACGCGCAAGGGAAAGACAUGUUCUGAUUGGAUCUCAGCCUCAGGGGCGGGACAUGAGCUAUAUGCGGUAACAACCAAUGUUUUAAGGGUGAAAACAGCACCCACUUAGCAAAAGAUGAGGUAUGGUUGCUCUAGCUGGACUUUUUAGAGAUUUUCUGAAGAUCUAAACACAAACGAAAAUGAUCAACUGGCGGGCUCUGGACAACGUUCCUCUGCUGUUGUACAUUCUGGCAGCCAAGACCCUUCUCUUAUGUCUUGCCUUUGCUGGAGCCAAACUGUAUCAGCAGAAGAAAGUACAAGCAGCCCUGAAACAGAAGUUAGAGAUGAAGAGAAAACUUGCACAGGAAACACAGGAACUUAUUGACAACAAGAAGGAUGACUGAACAUCUUGAAAUGUAUGGCCUCACCCUCACUCAGAAGCAGUGGAGCCACUGGCAAAUCUAAUGACGAGGCCACAAGUGGAGCCAUUUCAUUUGUUUACCUGGAGCUAGUCAGUGUCGCUACAAUCAACCUCUUUAUACUACACUCUUAUUUAUUACUCUGUGAAGCCUGUUUGUAAGUAAUAAAAGAAAAAUAAAUUAAAAAAUGGUUACCUUUG